UCAAAAUCAAAACCAAGUUAUGGUAUCAGUUGCAUGACUUUUUUGCAACACUCAGCAACCUCUUCAAAUUCUUCACUGCAUUGCUGGGUUUGUUCACACAAUUAUUAUCACAGCCAUGAAAGGAAUGAAAUUGUUCUGCUGUUCCACUGCUUCCACAGCAGUAAACUCUACUACUCGUUCCACAGUACGUAGAAGCACCAAAAGACACACCGGUGUUAGAAGGAAAAUCCAACCUCGUCUUCCUUGUUCAUCCGUGUUACCUAUGAACCCUUUGCCUCACAGUGACGCGCGCAGAAAAGGUUCCGUCAGUAAUUUUAAUUUUUCUAGCAGUAAGAAUUCCAGUGGUUCGUCAUCAUCCACAAUAUAUCUCCUCGGUGAUUGGGUGUCUGACUCUGAUCAAAUUCCUUCACACAAGCCCACCCUGCAGAACCACGUUGUGUUGAGGGUGUCACUGCACUGCAGAGCCUGUGAAGGAAAAGUUAGAAAACACAUCUCAAAAAUGGAAGGAGUAACAUCAUUCAGUAUAGACAUGGAGGAUAAGAAAGUAACAGUAAUCGGAGACGUGACGCCGUUAGAGGUUCUGGCAAGUGUGUCAAAGGUGAAGAAUGCACAGCUAUGGCAAUCUCCAAAAUCAUCUUUGCCUUCAACGUGAGUUAGAUGAAAAUUAACAUGUUUCUCUUAAUUUUUUCUCUGGCAUCACCCCACCUUUUUCUUAUGUGCUGGUAUGUAAGAGUUUGUAUUAGUGCAAUGUAUGUGUCAAGCUUGUUUAUAAUGUUUGUCUAGUUAGAUUGGUGAAUGGAAUGCAGUUUUUGUUGUUGUUGAUUUGUGUUUACUGAUUGCUCAAGUUGAAUUGUUUCCAUGUAAUUUAUAUGUAGUUUCUUUAAGUGAUUUUAGCAUGUUA